AUGCAGCAGGGCGUUCGGGAUGUUCCAGUCGUCACUCCUGCUCAGCCAAAGUCUUUGGCAUCCCGGAAGCAGGUGCAUGGGCUCGACGACGAGAGUUUUCGCCUUUGCCGACGUCACAAGCCGCUGCUGGGAGAAGUGGCACUGAACACCACCACGGUUCAGUCAACCAAGGGACGUUCAAGCAACUUCGAGCAGUGUGACGCGAGGAAGGAGUUCAGGCUGUUUCAGCCGUUGCGAUCCGCCCCAUUCUUCAAAACAUCGUGCUGCAGCAUGCUGGACGAACAUUGUUCAGGUUGCGCGGACCAUGACUUCGCAAGCGCACGAUGCUCUACCUGCACAGGAGGCUUCUCGAGUGCCCGGAAGACAAAGAAAGAGGCUUCUUGCCAAGCUUGCAUGGAUUAUCCAAGCUGGGUCGACAAAGAUGGAAACAACUGCUUUGCAGUGAAGUCUACCUGCUCAGACGAGCUCUAUCAAGGAGUCUCCAGUAACAUGGCUUGCUGCGAGUGUGGUGGUGGUCACAGGGAGGCAACGGCGUUUACUUACUACAUUGGCCCCAUGGCCAUCGGAGAUACGGAGGUCAUGGGAUACCCUGUGCCGCGGACGGCGAAUCACUACACCUUGAACGAGGAGUGCGACCUCAGCAAGUAUGGGCUAACCAUUGAGCCCAGAACGGGGAAGCUAAAGCUGGUGGAUGACGCCAACUGCGGUGCAGUGGGCUGCUUUGAGACACCCGUCGAGGCAACGUUAACCCUACCACUUGCUUCAAGUUUCAUCAAAGCAUACAUACCAUAG